UGGCCUCUCCUCGAAUCGCUAUCAUAGUUUAUACGUUGUACGGUCACAUCGGAAAGCGGGCCGAAUCCAUCAAAGCCGGAAUAACGUCGAAGGGAGGGAACGCCACAAUUUAUCAGGUUCCAGAAACCCUCUCAGAGGACAUUCUUUCCAUUCUUCACGCUCCUCCUAAGCCCGACUACCCCAUCGCCACUCUCGACACCCUCGGCGAAUACGAUGGAUUCCUCUUCGGUAUCCCCACGCGGUUUGGUAACAUGCCUGUGCAAUGGAAGGCCUUCUGGGACGCCACUGGCCCGCUUUGGGCGAAAGGUACUCUGGCUGGGAAGUACGCUGGCGUUUUCGUUUCGACUGCUGGGCAAGGAGGUGGACAGGAGACCACUAUUAUCAACACUAUCUCGACUUUGGCUCAUCACGGAGUUAUCUACGUCCCCCUUGGCUACUCCCGUACUUUCGCCCAGUUCACGAACCUCGAGGAGAUCCGUGGCGGAUCGCCCUGGGGUGCUGGAACCUUCGCCUCGUCUGAUGGCUCACGCCAACCCUCCAAGCUAGAACUGGAGGUUGCUGAGAUCCAAGGCCAGUUGUUCUACGACACUCUCGCCAAGGUCAAGCAGUAGA